AUGUCUAAAGCGCACAUCCAGCAUCUCGAACAUCAGAUGGCGGCUACGGACGCUCACGAGAAAGGCGGAAGGCUCGCCGUCGCCAAUGGCGCUCAGCACGAUCCGAAUGAGCAGACGACCAUCUCGCCUCGCGCCUGGGUUGUGAUUGCGCUUUGCGCCCUUGCUCUGCUUCAGAAUACGUUCUUCUCUAUCGCCCCCGCCGUAUGCGCGUACGCGAUCGCUACGCCUUUGGGCGCCACAGCGGGACAGCGCAUCUGGAUCGUAAACGGCCCAGGCAUACCGUCAGUCGUUGCAGGUCCAAUCAUGGGAAUCUUCUCCGACAUUUACGGCCGGCGAUAUGUCGUCAUCUUCGCUUUCCUCAUCUACUGCAUCGCCUCGAUUCUCGCAAUGACCGCUUCAGGCAUCAACGGCGUCAUUGCCGGCCAAGUCCUGGGCGGAAUCGGCUACGGCGUCCCCGGAUUGAUCUACGCUAUUCCCUCCGAGAUCGUGCCGGCCGUCUGGCGCGCCUGGGUUCAAACGGGCCUCAACUUCUCCGCUUCUGUCGGUGGCAUCGUCGCCUUGAUGGGCAUGGGCGCCGCGACCAAGGCUGACCCAAUCAACGGCUGGCGAUGGGUGUUUCGCACCCUCCUCAUCAUGGACGGUCUUCUCCUCCUCGGCUUCACAGCCUUCUACCACCCCCCGCCUCGCACCGAAACGCGCGCAACCUGGCUCGAGAAGGUCAAGUCGCUCGACUGGAUCGGCUACUUCCUCCUCGUCGCGGGCCUCGCCCCGCUCCUCAUGGGCUUCUCGUGGUCGGCUGACCCGGACAAGGGCUGGCACGACCCGCACUCGUACGCCUGCGUCGCUGUCGGAUUCGCUGGACUUGUCGCCUGUUUGCUUUGGGAGUGGACGGGAACGUCACGAGGCUUCCUCGACCACCGCCUGUUCGAGCAAGGCCGCAAUUUUCCUCUCAGUUGCUUCGUGAUCGCUGUUGAGGGCGCUCUAUUCUUCCUUACCAACAACAUCUAUUCCGCCGAAGUGAACGGACUCUGGACCACACCCGGAACCUUGACAGCAAAUGCUCAUCUCCUCCCCUUCUACUGCGCCCUCUUCGUCAUCGCACCCGUCAUGGCGUGGUACGUUACGAAGCACAAGGACGUCAAGUGGCCGCUUUGCGCCGCUUUCCUCUGCUUCUCGGCAGCGAUCAUUGGUUUUGCGAUGUCCGGUACGAACGGCAAAAUGGCUCUCGGCUUUAACGCCGUCGCCGGUGUCGGCUUCUCUGUCAUCCUCAUCCUUGUCACCGUGGUCGUCCAGCUGUCCACUCCACCGCUCCUCAUCGCUGCUGCGACGUCUGUCACGAUCGUGAUUCGCACAAUUGGCGGAAACGUCGGCUAUGCGAUCGCUGCAGCCAUUUACGGAUCGCUCAGCAAUACCCAGAUCCCCGAGAACAUCCUCAAGGCCGUCAUCCCGCUCGGCUUCAACCCUCAAUAUGUCGGCCAGCUAAUCGGCUUCCUCAUGAGUGGCCAAGGCCUCGAAGCGAUCCCCGGCGUCUCCGGCCCCAUCCUCGGCGCCGCCUCCGCCGCGCUCAAGGAAACCGAGGCUCACGCGUACAAGAUCACCUGGUUCAGCUUCUUGCCAGGUGCUAUCAUCGCUGCAGUCGGAUGCGCACUCUUCAAGAACCCGAAGGAGAGGAUGAACUGGCUUGUCGACGCACCGCUCGAGGUUAAGCCGGCUGGCCGCGACAACGAAGCAGGCGUCGACACCGAUUCAGUCCUCCAGGAGAAGAUGUGA